GCAUUUUUCAAAUCCUCGCUGACUGAGCAAGGCCGACGGAAUUGUCAUGCGUUGGGCUUUCCUACUGCUUGUGGGCAUCGUCGCGUACACGGCGACGGCCCAGCAACUUCUGACGUCGUACGUCCGCGUGCAAUGGAACGCGACCAACUUGACGACAAUCGAAGCAAACGAGGGCUUGUUGCGGUCGUCCGUCGUGCAGUUCCUCGCCCCCAACAUCACAGCCAACGUCACGUUUCUCGAAAUCCGGGCGUUUAACGCCAACAUCUCGGCGUCGCAAAAUUUUACGAUUGAAUUUGCCGUCCAAGCAAAUGCGUCGGCAGCCACCGCGACGUCGUUCCUCACGACUUUGCUCAACACGACGUCCACGACAAACAACCUCACGCGCGCCAUCACGACGACCAUUCCGAACGCCGCCGUCGUGUGCGACGUGGGGGCAUCGCCGUCCUCCACGCGGCUACGCAUUGCCCCGACACCCCCGACGCUGACCGACUUGGCCGCGAAUGCAUCCUACGUGUUUACCAACUUGCGAUACCAAGGGGCUCCCAAUGCCAACGCAACCAACUUCACUGGCACGUCAUUCUCGCUCGCCCAGCUCACGCGAAUGCGGUAUGCGUUCUACUCGCUGCUCGGCAUCAAGAACGAUGAAGAAGCGACGGUCGUGCAGGUCGUCAACGCGACUGUGAACGCUCGACGCGAAACAAAUGUACUUGUAUUUUUUCGGUUCAACUCGACGUCCCGCUUGGCCAACACGACGAUCACCACGCUGACCAACGGCACCACAACAGGAAACGCCACCACAACGUUGGCCGAUGCCAUGGCAUUGUUCAACUUUACUGCCCGAAAUUACAACUUGACCGUGAACGUGCCGUGGACUCCGGCGUCGAGCAACUGGUGGAUCGUCGACGCGACAAAUGCGACGAAUGCGACCGCAAACGUUACGACCACGACAAACACUACAAGUUCCACCAACGCGACGGCUGCCCCGACCCCCGCGAACACGACGAAGGCUCCCGCCAUUAUCUACACACCUGCCCCCACAACUACCGCGAUUGUGUAUCCCACAACGAAACCUGUACCAACGACGCCGCAACCGACGGCACCACUGCCCACGACCAUCGUGCCUCAGUUGGACGGAGGCCUUGUCCCGUUUCCGUUCAUUUACGCGUUCAACGUGACGGCUGCCGCGCAAGCGCCAGUGUACACCCAACCAGGGGUGUGCGGAGGUAACAAUCAGUUUUGCCUCCACUUGAAAUGGAUCGUGGAAGACCCGAGAGACGCGUACGUCCUGGCCCGCAUCAAAGGCCAGCAAUUCAUCAAUUCGUCCGUACUCGCGAGCUCGUACGGCCCUGCCUUCAGCGCCAACACGUCAAGCGUGUGGACGCUCUACGACAUUCCUCGCUCGUCCGUGAUUCUGGAUCUGGUGCGGUCUUCAGAUCUGGCGCUCGUCUCGAUUGAUAUCUCGGCCAGUUUGCUCAGCCCCAACUCUGCCACGUCGACAGUGACUAGCACAAGCAACCGCAACAUCUAUGUUCGCUACGCUGCCACCCCAAUUAGUGCCAAGGAAUUGGUUCUUGAACUGCGCGUCGUUGUGGGGACCCCUCCUCCGGUCGUCACCCAGACUUUGCAAGACGAAGGGUGUGCGUACUGCACCAAGCUCGCGUCCCAGUGCGCCAAGGAUCCCAUGUGCUCUGCCAUCAAGCUGUGUGUGGACAACGCGACAUCGGUGUGGGACCAAACCAACUUGAUUUUGAACGGCGACUACGGCGACAGCCUCAAUACGACGUUGGCCACUGCGGCGUGCUACAGCAGCCCAAGCUUCCCGUUUGACAUGUCGACGACAGGGCGUGAUCUCUACAACAAGUACAUGGCGUGCAUGAUAACGCGGUCGUGCCCGUUUGUGGUCGACGGGCCGUCGAAACUCGUGUGGCAAACGCCAACGCCAGGAUGGAUCCAAAUUCAGCUCCUUCCGUGGUCGCUCCCGUACUUCGGGACGCUUGAGCUUUCUCUGUCGUACGGCAACUCACCCCCCUGCCCUGUCGUCCUCUCCAACGACAACACGACGGCCAACCUGACGCAGCAACUAGCCACUUGCAUCCUCAACGAUUGCGAAGUCAUUGUUCUCGCCAACACGACGAAUGUUACGACAAUCGACAUUGUGUUCACAAACCACAUCGGCCCGAUGCCCGAGCUAUCGUGGACGCCGACCCCAGUCCUGCCCUACAUCGACGCGGCUUUCGCAAUUAUUCCCAAGCUCGCGUCGUCGUCGGCGCUCGCGCUCAUGCCUGUGAACGACCCCGUGACGAACCCUGCGACGCCUCAAAACGCGUGUUCGUCGUGCUGGCUCGAGUUCCUUCAGACGUGUUUGCUGGACGAAGGCUGCAACGUCUACAUCAACUGCAUCAUGAAGGGGUCCUUCGAGUCGAUUGCUACACUAAUCCAGUUUGGCCGAACCGGGGCGACGUUCAACUUGUCCCCGUCCAUUUUGUCGUGCUCGGACCCGACAGCACCGACGUGGGCCUCGUGGCGAUAUCUGCAAAAGGCCAGCCAGUGCUAUGCCAAACAACAAUGCCCAGUCGCAUCGCAAGGCGGGAAGGACAUUGUGUGGCAGGUUCCCAACCGCACGCAGUCGAUCUCGUACACGCUGCCGUUCGACCCCACGACUUCCGACUCACCGCCCCAGUUCAUGUUUCGAAACCAACUCGACUACAACUGGAACGUCAUGUACGGGGGGGUGAAGGACUUUGGGUCGAUUUUGCCCACAAUCUUGGACAUCCCCGAUGUCGUCGUAAGCGACCCGACCAACGCCACCAACCCCGUCGAUGGGUCGUUCACGUACUCGUGGCUCGUCACGUAUCCGUCCUAUGCUGGGUUCCUCCCGACCUACUACAUUGGGGACUUUGGCGGGAACGUCCUCACAAUCCUCAACGACGCCCCCCCAAGCGCCCUCCUUGUCGUCCAAAACAAGACGUGGAACGCCACGGCAUGGAACUCGGCUCUGUUCUAGCGAGGUCCCUCUAUCAUCUGCAUCCUAACCAGUACUACAUACGCUAGCACCUUCACGGCCGUGAUUGCUUGCAUCGUCGAACUGGCUUGGCCACAGCGUACUCUUAGCAAACAACUUCAUCUCGUGCAUCCACCUCCAACCUGUUGGAGCAGCAACACCGCCGAGAUUUCCCCUGUUCGAAGUUGGACUACUAUUAGCCAAUC